AUGGACUCCUCUCCACCGUCAGGAAGAAUCAGGGCGCUGGAGCCGUCGCUGCCCUCCACGGCGGGCGUCAAGCGGCCGGCUCCCACUCUGCUGCCCCCGUUUGAGCCUCUCUCCUCAUCACCGGGUCUCCCGCGUCCGCUGAAGCGGCAGGCAGCCUCGAACGCCCACUCCAAGUACCCCACGCCGGUCCCGACCUCCAGCACGGGAAUCCUGUCCUCGAGUCCCCCGCGCCUCGGGUCCCGGCCGGCGCUCCAGAGGACCCAGUCGAGCGUGUCCGAACGCGCCCCGCUGUCUGCCGUGCCCUCAAUCGAGCUCAACGAGAACGGGGAGACGCUGCUCAUGGGCCGCUCGAGCAACAGCAGCCACUACCAGCUCUCGGCGAACCGCCUGAUCAGCCGAGUCCAUGUCAAGGCCCGGUUUGUGCCGGCGCCACAGCCCGCGGACCCGAACAAGGUCGAGGUCAUCUGCAACGGGUGGAAUGGGCUGAAGCUGCACUGUCAGGGCCGCACGUGGGAGCUGUCCAAGGGGGACACGUUCACGUCGGAAACCGAGGGCGCCGAGAUCAUGAUCGACGUCCAGGACGCCCGAGUUCUCAUGCAGUGGCCGAGAAGGGAUAGGGAGAGAGACAGGGAUAGAGAACCGCUUGGAAACCUGAGCGAUUCGUCAUGGGAUGACUCCCCGCGGUCGAGGGCCGGCGCGUCCGGGCUGCUGCAUGGGAGCCCAUUGAGAAGGGCGACGAGGAUCGCGAGCCCCGUCUCGCCCACGCCGGCAAAUGUGCCGAUCGGAAGCUUGCAUGACCUCAUGCCCGACACCAACGACCAGAGCGCUACCGUCCAGAUCUACGAGGAUGUCAGUGCCGACGAGCAGGAGCUCCCGAAGCUAUCGGGGGGUGCAGAUCCACUUGGAACAAGCCAGAUAACCGAGGUGACCAAUAGCUUCUCCAGCGACCUGAGCGAUCCCCAGUCAGAUGAUGAGAAUGACCCUGAUGAGGAGAACGACCCAAUUGUUCAUUCGUUUGGUCCGUUUGGGGCCAAUCUCUCCAACCGUCUAGCCUCCAUCACCGCCACAUCACCCAGGGUGCCGCAGGUGUCCCGUCUCUCCUCCGGGGAGUCAACAACAGUCACAGCAGGCGCCGCCACAGCCGAACCCACUCGGUCCUCGAAACCGAGUUUGCUGCACGCCAGCCCGAAGGCGCCCGCCACAGCCGAAUCGGCGACGACGGCACUGCUCAACCUCGUAGACAGGGCCACCAUCUCCAACCACGUGGCCAACCAGCUGGCCUUCUCCCGCCUCGCCUCGAACCCGCUGUCGGGCAUCAUGAACAACCUCCCGGCCGAGGAGAAGAAUGGGCUGACCAAGGACACGCUCCGGCUGAUCAUCGAGUCGACCGCCUGCAUCGGCGUCAUCACCAGGCAGGGCAAGGACGCCGCGGGCAAGCCUCUCGAGAGCGAGUACUACUACGUCCCCGAGAUGGACACGGACGAGCACCGAAGGCUUGCCGUCACGGACGGCCUGAGAAAGCCGAGCUUGAGGAACUGCCGGAAGCAGCACAAGCAAUAUUAUUGGAAGCGGCCCAGGACACCAUAA